AUUAACUCGUGUGAAAAGUAAAUUAUGGUUAUCAAAAUGAAAUUUUGUGAAAACGCAUUGUUGUAUGGAUGGAGAUCAAAAGUUUCAAGUCUUCUUUUGCAAUUGAAACGUUAAAGUUUGCAGCACAUUCUGAUAACGUCUGCGGAUACUUUUGGUUAUGGUGUUCAAUCAAUCGUUCAUCGCAUAUAAAUACAACCUGAACGCUGUGUUGGGAAGUUAGUUUGAAUGUGAUUUUAAAGAAGCUUUGACAUCCUUCACUAUUUAGACAAUCAAUUCGAUUUUUUUUUUCCAAAUAUUUAUCAACUUUUUUGAUCAGCAAUCUAAAAACAGUCAUACGAAUCUACGUCUAACAUUGGGAAUAAUUGGUGUAUUUGUUAAAAAUGAGCUCAUUCAGUGGAAAUAAAAUGGACGAAAUUUAUCGCGGUGACGAUAAAUGGACAUUUCCACUCAUUCAGAACCACAUCGCUCUUUUUCAGUUGCCAAUUCCACACGAUCCGAAUAAAUUGUUAGAGCCAUCCAUCGGAAAACCAAAAUGGGACGGUGAUCAUGUUCGGAUGCCGUGCGACCAAAACAAUGUGUACCAUACGCUCAAUUUUUGGGGACAAAAAACCGUGACCAAUUCACAAUGGGACCGCAUCAAAACAUCACUGCAGAGGAAACAUUCUAGCAGUGAAAAUCUGGAAUAUGCCAUCUUAACGUAUAACCAGGACAUUAAACAUCAGCGAUUCAAAACAUUGCACGCAUUUUUCAAAAAACUUGAUGAGAACGAAUCCAAAUCAUUUUUCAAUCAAACAUUGCCAAAGAUGAUCGAACUGGCAUUGCAGCUGCCUGAAAUUAUUAAAUGUGCUAUUCCACUGUUGAAGCAUGGUCGAAACCAAUCGAUAUCGUUGAGCCAAAAGCAAAUCGCAUGCUUAUUGGCGAACGCUUUUCUGUGUACAUUUCCGUGCCGCAAUGAAUACCGUAGUGGAGAGUAUCGAAGGUACUCGUCAAUAAAUUUUAGUGAAUUGUUUACGGCCGAUGGUAAUCAAGCGAUCGAGAAGAUAAGGUGUAUCUACAAUUACUUUCGACGAGUGUGUUCACAGAUGCCCACUGGUGUUGUGACAUUCACACGGCGCUCAAUACCAGAUGCAGAGCUUCCACCAUGGGGUCAGAUUGAGAAGACGUUUUUUGACACACUACUGCACGUGGCGAAGGAUGGUAAAAUUGAGGAUAGUGGUAAAGGUCUAUUGCAGGUUGACUUUGCGAAUAAGUUUGUGGGCGGUGGCACGCUCGGCCGUGGCUGCGUUCAAGAAGAAAUUUUGUUCGUGAUUUAUCCCGAACUGAUAUGCAGUCGACUGUUUACUGAAUGCUUGGGCGACAACGAAUGCAUGAUUAUUGCUGGCUGCGAAAGAUUUAGCAACUAUAAAGGCUAUGCGUCGACAUUUGAAUGGACUGACGACUACUUUGAUGAAACGCCACAUGAUUUGUUUCGACGCAAAAGGUGUGCAAUUGUCGCGAUUGACGCCAAACAAUUUUCAAAUAAAGCGCAACAGUAUCAAGAGGAAAUGCUAAAGCGUGAAUUGAAUAAGGCAUUCAUUGGUUUUAAAUACGAUAUGCCGGGUCGAGCUCCAGGUGUGGCCACAGGCAAAUGGGGUUGUGGUAUUUUCGGAGGUGAUAAACACCUCAAGUCGCUACUUCAGUUGAUGGCAUGCUGCAUCACAGAUCGUCCACUCGUGUAUUACACAUUCGGCGACGAUCAGGAUCGAAGCGACUUGCUAUUGAUUCACGAAUUCUUGGUAAAGCGAGGAGUGAAAAUUGGUGAUUUGUUCACAUGUCUAUGCCAUUACAAUGAAAAUGGCGCCGAAGCUCACUUGUAUCGAUUCAUCAUCGAAUACUUUACCACUCAGUAAGCUCAUUUGGAAUUUUGAACGUCAAACUGAAACUAUGAAUCAGGCGCCAAUGAUCAAUCAUCGACACCAGGCGAGAACGAUCAAUCUUCGACACCACCGACCGAGGAUUGUGACGAUGAUGACAUUGGAAAUAGUGUCGACAAUGGAGAAGAAAUGCAAGAGUAAUUCUGAAAUCCAAGUUUCGGCUAACAAAAUAUGACGUGCAAAUAUAUGACCAAUAAACGGGAGAGGAUAAUAAAAUCCAUGUGAUAGGAACGAGAUUGGUAUUUUAUUGCAUGACUUGAUCACUUUAAAAAUUUCGCGGACAUUGUCUUAUUUGCUAAAUAAAUGCCAAAAAUUGUAACCACUUGCUCCACUUUACACGUUUUAUUGGUCUUAUUGAUCUUAUCGCGAUUCACGGGCAUCUUUU